UGUUGGGUAUUUUGUGCAUCUACCAAUUCAUCUAUCGAGAGAGAGAGAGAGAGAGAGAGAGAGAUAUGUGGGCAGCUUCUUGCCUUGCUUCGUGCUGUGCAGCUUCGACAUGCGGCCUCUGCACAUCAGUGGCGUCUGGAAUCUCCAGGCGCUCUGCUCGCCUAGCUUAUUGCGGCCUCUUCGGCCUCUCCCUCAUUGUCUCUUGGAUUCUAAGGGAGGUGGCUGCCCCUCUUUUGAUGAAAAUCCCAUGGAUAAAUAAUUUCUCUCAUACCCCCCCAAAAGAAUGGUUUCAGACUGAUGCUGUUCUUCGUGUGAGUUUAGGAAAUUUCUUAUUUUUCACAAUAUUUGCCCUCAUGAUGAUUGGCAUCAAGGAUCAGAAUGACAAACGUGAUUCUUGGCAUCACGGAGGAUGGAUUGCAAAAAUUGCUGUGUGGGCGUUGCUCAUCAUUCUCAUGUUUUUCCUUCCAAAUGUGGUCGUCACUAUCUAUGAAACGAUGUCGAAAUUCGGGUCUGGAUUAUUUUUACUGGUCCAAGUGAUCAUACUACUAGACUUCACGCAUUCUUGGAAUGACGCAUGGGUUGAGAAAGACGAGCGGAAAUGGUAUAUUGCUUUACUUUCAGUAUCAGUGGCGUGCUAUAUUGCAACUUACGCUAUCUCGGCAGUGCUCUUCAUCUGGUUCAAUCCUUCAGGCCAUGACUGCAGCCUCAAUGUCUUCUUCAUCGUCAUGACCAUGGUUCUUGCAUUUGCAUUGGCAAUUAUUGCAUUGCAUCCACAGGUGAACGGAAGCCUGUUGCCUGCUUCUGUGAUUUCUGUGUACUGUGCGUACCUUUGCUACAGUGGACUCUCCAGCGAACCUAGAGAUUAUGCAUGCAAUGGUCUCCAUAAGCAUGCUCAAGGAGUCUCCACAGGCACCCUUAUUCUCGGAAUGCUCACUACAGUUCUCUCGGUCCUAUACUCUGCUAUUCGCGCUGGAUCAUCAACGACCUUUCUCUCACCCCCAUCCUCACCCAAGUCAGGUGGAAAGAAACCUCUGCUUGAUUCGGACGAAUUGGAGGGAGGAAAAGAAGAUAAGAAAGAAAGCGAAGGACAGCCCAUUAGUUACUCGUACACAUUUUUCCACCUGAUAUUCGCGCUUGCGAGCAUGUACUCAGCCAUGCUUCUCACGGGAUGGUGCAGCUCGAAUUCAGGUAGCUCGGAGCUGAUCGACGUUGGUUGGACUACAGUGUGGGUCCGGAUCUGCACGGAGUGGAUCACUGCAGGGCUGUACGUGUGGUCGCUCAUUGCCCCUCUGAUCUUGCGUGACCGUGAGUUUGCAUAGAACUUUUAUGUACCAGACUUUGGUGGAUUGUAAAUGUAUAUAUCAUAUGGAUUGGAUGUAUGUUAGUAUAUGCAGACUCUAUUGUUGAGUUGAAGCUGUGGUAAAAAGAAGAAGAC